AUGGCGCCAAAGAUCUAUGUCAAGCGCCCUCCAACCGCUGUGCCUCAUGAAAUCACAUUUGCUACGUUUUGUAUGUACCUCGAUAAGAUUGCCUCUAGAAAACCCCGAAAGGCUGGAACCCGUAACCCAGCUACAUACGAUUCGGCAGACAAGGCCGCAAAAGACUUUGAAACAUGGAUCAAUCAUCUGAGUUGGCCGGUUCCCAAGCACACUGGAAAAAUCCUCUUUCGCCUACUCUUUCCUGAUCACGACGUCAGGCGCAAGUAUGACAUCCGAGAGAAGAAAUUAGCGGGAUUUUUCCGUAUGAUCUUUCAUGUCAGCACUGGCCCUGAUCAGGAUGGUAUCCAGACUGGAAAAGCCGGAUGUCUGGGCUUAGAACUUCAAAAAAUUCUAGAAGAUGUGCAAGUAGGCCAGACCGGAAGCUUGAAAUUAUCGGUUGUGGAUCGGCUUCUUGACGAAUUGGCUGCACGCUCGAAGUGGUCCAAUCUCGGCUACCACAUUCCUCAGGACCACAGCCAUAGAUCUGCGACUGCAAUCCUGUAUGAUCUCUAUGCCCCGCUAUCCCCACGAGAGUCUGCAUACAUGACCCAGGCGAGUGAUUCCGAAGAGCAUUCUAUUAUUCUGAAAGACCUUCGUCCUUUACUGUAUCCAAUCCCUUCUCUUUCGGUGUACAUCUCUCUCAUGGAUUACGAUAGUACAGCCUUCAAGGAGAUCAGUCCGUACUGCAUGAUGAAAGCCUGGCAUUGGGCAAUGCCACGCAUCUACCGAGCCAAGGCAGAUUUCGAUGUUGCUGCAGAUUUAUGCGAGCGAAUUCCAAGAGGUAUGUUACAUCCCUCUGAAAUACCCAAGACCGUCAAAGCUUCCGGACCCUGUCUUGCAGCCCCACUCUCUAAGUUGACAGGCCAAGUUUGGGCUGAAACAAAAAUGGAUGGAGAGCGGAUGCAAAUUCAUAUCGACACAUCGAAGCCGCAAAAUGAGCAGAUUAAGAUCUUGAGUAAGAGCCAUCGGGAUAGCACAAGUGAAAGAGCACCUACACACAGCCUGAUUCGAGCAGCUCUUGGAUUUAAUCUGAGCUCCGCCCCAGAAUUCCUGACCUCCACUCCACGUCCAGCCACUCUGAAAAAAAUUGAAUCGGGUAUAUUUGAGGCCGAGAUGGUCGCGUGGAACUUGUCGCAGGGCCACGUUGACGAAUUUUGGCGAAUAAGAGAAAUGAAACUCAAGCCUUGGCAAACAUAUAACGAAAGACAAGAGAUCGAUGACUUGUCUUCUGCGUUCACGGAAAGUCAAAUUGGUCAGAUGGAUACCCAGCAACUCUCCGAUCUUGAAUCUCGUCACCUUGCAUUAUGUUUUUUUGAUGUGCUCUACCUGAAUGGUGAAAGUCUUCUUGAACGUUCAUACAACGAGCGAAGACACGCCUUGGAAAAGUGUAUCCAUGUUAUUCCUCAUUAUAGCAUGCUAGUAGAAAGGAAAUCGUUUGACCUCAGUCGUGAGUCCGGCAAGGAGGCCCUGCGCAAGCAUUAUGCGGCUGUGAUAGCUGAGCGCCAUGAAGGAUUGGUUCUUAAAACGGCCGAGUCGGUCUACAACGAUUCCAGGACUGAGCACAAGUGGCUUAAAGUGAAAAAAGACUUUAUCCAGGGCUUUGGAGACACGGCAGAUUAUGCAAUUAUUGGAGCUUCUUGGGAUCAAAACAGGGGGCGGGAACUUGGGGUGCCCACUUCUACAUAUGUAUCAUGGUAUGUUGGUUUAUGUGACAACACGCUUGACAUCAAAAGAAGUCCCGGUAUCCGUCCACAUUUCCAGGCCGUUUUUACAUCUCUGUCCUAUGGGCUAUCGCGUCAGCAACUUGAGCAGGCUAACCGAACCGCCAAGGAAAUCGGGGGCGAACCCCCUAACUCCAAAGCACUGAAAAAAUGGUCAUUCACCUACGAACUGGCUCGGGAAUUGAGUCAACCCGCCAUCAUAUUCAAAAAACCCCUGGUCUUUGAAUUGAUGGGUUCUGGUUUUACCAAGCGCUCUAGAAACCACGAGUAUGAAUUGAGGUGGCCACGAAUCAUGAAGUUCCACGACCCGAAGGAGCGAGAUUGGACUACAGCUAUUGAUCUUGAAACACACGAUGAGAUGGCCAAAAGGGCAACCGAUCCCAAGCUAUUGGGGAUUGCAGACAUCAUCUCGGGUGGGAGUCAGGAAGAAGCAGCCAACGGAUUUCGAGCUGAAUUGGAGCACUGGGAUAACAAAUUGAAAACAAGUGAUCUGAAGUGGCUUUCAAGAGGAUCCAAAUCGCGGUCCGACUCGUCUUCAACUCAACUCACUGCUCCUAAGCCAGUCAAAGAGAUCCCCUCAAUAAUCCCAGAAAACUCCAUUCAGACGGGCUCCUCAAAAGCCACGAACGAGAUGGACUCAUCAAAGAAGAAACCUUCCAAAACCGUUCAGCGAAACGAAAGCUCCUCUCAUGUUGCAACUAAAGCAGCCACAUCCCAGAAAGGGAAAGCCCCUAUGGAAACCGGAAAUCCUGACAAUCCCGAAAUUAUUCUUGAUGAAGAACGGCCUGCCCGGUCCAGAUUACCGCCAUCAAAAGAAAUCAAGCCCACCCGCAAACAACCAUCUCGUGCCUGCUCACAAGCCACGGCUCCGCAUGUUGAUGGCAUUGAUCCAACUAAACCGCUUUUGAAGCGUAAAGCCUCUGGAUCCAUGACGACUCCAGCAGAGAUUCCUCUGCGGGGAUCCCGACUGGCUACUACGGCAAAAUUGGACAAAGCCGCCCCAGGGGCUCCCCCGACGGCAUUGGAAUCUAAAGAUCGCACAGGACCGAAUGUCAAGCGUCAGAAGACUUCCGAACACAAUCCCCAUUCUGAGGCCCUUCCAGAUAAGGCCAACAUACUCGGUCCGACUGCCGAGCAGGAUAUACCCACACUUCCGAAGAGCACCAGCUCCAAAGACACAAAUCCAUCUGUCAAAACCUCUGAGAAAUCUGCGAUUCCUAUGGAUGCUACAGAAAUACCAACCGCAAAAAGGACAUCAACCCUAGCACGGGUACAAUCAACAACUAGCUCAGCCAUUGGCCUGACCCCGAAGCAUCGCGAUUUCUUCGCGUAUGAUUUACUUGAUAUUGAAAAAGAAGGUAUACUGUCUUGUCCUGAUGUUGCAGACAAUUCAAAGCCUGUCCUGAGCCCGGCCGCGCGUAAUUCCACGCUCCCAGAUAAGCCGUUAGCAAAGGACUCCUCAAUCCCAACACAAACUAACCAGUCUGCCAGCCAUGUACCUGCGAGCGAUCGGAUCCCCGCACCAUCAGUUUCAACAAGCGGACCUGGGCCAUCAACUUCACUGUCGCGUGCUCCUGGUGGGAUUGGGACAGGUGCAAACAUUGAACAGUCAGGCCCCACGGAGACUGCUACUGAUGGGAAUCACUCAGCACCCCCAUGGCAUCAAAGAUCUGACAUACGAUGGUGUCUAGUCCAAGAUGAGCAGACCUAUGGGAUUCAGGGCACUAGGUAUGGAUCGGUCAAUCAGCUGUUACGAUCCCUAGAGAUCGACGACAAGAAGUUCGAUCAGAACCGGCAACCGGAGUCUUUCAGUUACAUCUUCAUCGAAAACCCAUCCCCAGAAAAGAUUCAGCGGAUCCAGAAACAGAUCCUCUUUCGGCCCUUGUCCGAUCCGACAGUCGAUAUCGUCGGCUAUGAUGCCAAGGUCUUGACGCUCCAGAAUGCCCCUCUUAACCAGGCUUGGAAAUCUUUCGAAUUGUUUAGGUUCAACUCUUACACCCAUCAAUUCGAUCCUGUUCAAACAAUCUAA